AUGCCAGAGAGAAUAGGUGAUAUAGAGCUUGUCGAAACAGUACAUCCUAUGGAUGGAAACCCUACCUUUGAUUUGGAGGACAGUGAAAAGGUUUACUAUCAGAAAUGCACACCGGGCAUGAUUUCGACGGCGAAUCCUUGGGACAAAGAUUCAUUAAACUGUAGAACAAUGACAUGUGUAUCACCGGACACUAAACUGACCAUUGUCCAGGAUAGAUGCAGUAAACAAAUGCCAGGCCGUUGUUCUUUAUGGAUGCUGUGGUUGAAAUUUUCUUCUUUUUUGUAUUUGAUUCUGCUUAUUUUGCUAAUCCUGUGGGCAUUACACCAGCAUAAAGUAUUACAAGAGAGGAAUACAGGACCAACACAAUACCAGGUGAGUGUCUCCAUUGACUCAUUAUGUCUGAAAACCAGGAGGUUUAUAUCAAAAGCUUUACUGCACCAGGGUCAGAAUAUACCAGUCAGAGAGCCAGAGAUAAUGAUAUGGGAGAGGAUGCCUUCUUCAUACAUAACCGGGACUGACAUAAAAUACAAAAACAGACGAUAUUACGUCAGUUCCGGCGGAUAUUACGAAGUGCAGUGUCGUUUACAGUUUGACACGUAUUCUGGAGAAGUUCCAGUUAAUGAUACUACAAUAUACUUUUCCAUGAUAAAAAGCACGGGGCCUGGCAGCAGUGUGAAUUUAAUGUCUGAAAAGGCGACACUGAGACCCCGCACACACCGCGGGAUUCAGUUAGGCCCUACCGUGUUCUCUCUGGAAGCCGGAAACUCGGUAUAUAUUUCUGUAUUGGGGCACAAAUAUGUGUAUCGUACAAAAGACAGCUAUUUCGCGAUGAGAAGAAUUGAAUGAAAAAAUCACAAACUUAGUAUGCAUGUUUAUUGUGAGGUGCAUAUUGCAGUUAAAUCUAGGUAACACACAAAA